AAUGUUUUUAGGAGGAAGGACUUGUGGUGUAAAUGAAGAAACCUGGCAACCCAGGAGUCAGGACUGCUUCAUACUCAUGUAGCUCACGGUAAUGUUCUCUGGUUAAAGCGUGUCUUUAGCGGGACAAAGUAGAACAAUGCCAUCCUUGUCUUUGCCCCUCUCUCACCUGGGCAGGAGCCGGGGCAGUUUCAGAAAGCUGUUUAAACACUGUGAGACUUUCUAUUCGGCGUGUGGAGCUUCGGCUGUCAGCUCCAGCGGGGUGACAUGUCACCCGGUCCCGGGACACACUCUGUCAGCGGCCGGCAUGUGCUCCAGCACCCCGGGGGACAGGGACACGACCGACUGGCUGUGGUCUGUUUACAAUGAAACCAAACGGCAAACUAAAGCUUUAAUCCCAUCCAUCUCAAACAACUUUGUGAAUCCGGACACCAUUUUCGCCAACAACGAGAUGAGCUUGCAGGACAUCGAGAUCUACGGCUUCGACUACGACUACACGCUGGCCUUUUACUCCAGACAUCUCCACACUCUGAUCUUCAACGUGGCUCGAGAUAUUCUCAUUCAACAGCACAGGUACCCAGAAGGACUGAAGAACUAUAACUACAUCCCUAACUUCGUGAUUCGGGGACUGCAUUAUGACGUUCAGAAGGCUUUGCUGAUGAAGAUAGAUGCUUUUCAUUACAUCCAACUGGGAACAGUUUACAGAGGUCUUCACCCUGUCCCAGACAGAGAAGUCAUUGCUAUGUACGAGGGCUGUCAUGUGCCUUUGGAAAUCAUGAGUGACUUUUAUGGCAAGAGUUCCCACGGACACACUAUGAAACAGUUCAUGGACAUCUUCUCGCUGCCGGAGAUGACCCUGCUGUCCUGCGUCAACGAUUACUUCAUGAAGCACAACAUUGACUAUGAGCCUGUGCACCUCUACAAAGACGUCAAGGAGGCCAUAAGGGACGUCCACGUGAAGGGAAUCAUGUAUCGAGCCGUGGAGGCAGACAUCGAGAAGUAUAUCUGUUAUGGCGAACAGACCCAUGCUGUUUUAAAAAAGCUUUCAGCAAAUGGAAAGAAGAUGUUUCUAAUCACCAACAGCCCCCUGGAUUUCGUAGAUCGAGGAAUGAACUUCAUCGUCGGAAAAGACUGGAGGGACCUAUUCGAUGUCGUCAUAGUGCAGGCUGACAAGCCAGGUUUCUUUAACGACCGUAGGAAGCCAUUCAGACGAGUUACUGAUAAAGGAGUGCUGCUAUGGGACAGAAUUCACCACCUGGAGAAGGGGCAGAUUUAUAAACAGGGAAACCUGUAUGAGUUCUUGAGACUCACUGGCUGGAGGGGCUCGAAGGUUUUAUAUUUCGGAGACCACAUCUACAGUGACCUUGCUGACCUGACCCUGAAGCAUGGCUGGAGGACGGGGGCCAUCAUCCCUGAGCUGCGCAAGGAGAUCAAGAUCAUGAACACGGAGGAAUAUGUACACGCCAUGACAUGGCUGCAGAGUCUCACCAACCUGGUGGAACAGAUGCAGGUGCACCGAGACACUGCCUCACAAUCUGUGAUUCAGCAGUGGAUCAGAGAGAGGGAGGACAUGAGGUCUCAGGCGAAGAACAUGUUCAACAGUCAGUUCGGGAGUCUGUUCCGCACCUAUCACAACCCGACAUAUUUCUCCCGCCGCCUCUCGCGCUUUGCGGACAUCUACAUGGCCUCCCUCAGCUGCUUGCUCAACUACGACCUGCAGCACACCUUCUAUCCACGCCGCACACCACUUCAACACGAGGCGCCGUUCUGGCCAGAGCAGUCCGGCACAGGAGCCAUUCCUAGUCCCUUCCAGAGCCAUAGCGCAGGCUCGGACUAGAGCGGGUGUAAUAGUGUGGUGUUAUUAUACGUUACGAAGCUUUGUUUCAUAUACAGCAGCACUGAAAGGGUUUAGCACAUUGACCAGCCACAUGCAAGUGGUUAUGGUAAUGUUUGAUACUGGUGAACCACCAAAGUAGGGAUAAAGAUUUUACCAUUGUAUUAAAAAAAAAAAAUGAAGGUUUAUAUGUUCUUCAUGCAUUAGGUAUCUGUUUAGACGCCAGGGCUUCGCUGUACUACAACUAAUAAUCAUAACACAUCUGACCUGCCUGUAGUGGGUCAUUGUCUCCCAGCUAUACAUGGCUGUAGUGCUUUAAUAUUUUAAGAUGCUUUUAUAUUUGCAGCAUACUUGAUUCUAAGUGUUUGUCUGUUUUGACUGGCUACAAAUAUUUUUGGAUGUUUUCUCCUACUGUGUUAUCAAAGUGUAGUGGAGAUUUUUUAAAUAGGAAAAGCUUCGCAGUGAGGGAGUUGAUUUAUCUUCACUCUCCCUUGUGUAUUUGAUAUGCAACAAUUCUCACACACUGGUAGGAGAAAAAUGCAUAAAAAUAAAAAUGUGGAUUUACAGACAAUCUGUUGAAAGCGGAUGAGGCAUUGUAUGCAUUUAAAUAGCUUUGUGAUGUACGCUGGUUUAGCCUGAUGUUUUAUAAUCAGCCAUAACAUUAAAACCACCUGUGUAAUAUCUUUAGUGUCGGUCUCCCAGUCCACCAGUUUUCUUCCCUGGACCACUUUAGGUAGGAACUGAUCACUGCAAACUGGGAAUUUCCCACAAGACCUGCAGCUUUGGAGUCACUAAUUUUUUCACCUCACCUCUCAGUGGUUUUAAUGUUCUGGCUGUUAGGUGUAUGUAAAUAAAGGACUUGAACAGCUCACUGA